CACCAAAAAGGAUUCCCGCCGCUAUAAUAAUAAUAAGCCCUUCUUCCUUCCUUUCCUUCCUUCCCCGAUCGUCUUAUUUAUUUCAUCAUCAUCACUGCACUUUCUUGCUUCGUCUAAUUUCUCUACUACUUACAACCCUGCUGCAUUAGGUUAUCAUCGCCCAUGAAGCUUCGGCCGCGUCUUCCUAGGUCGUCGUCGUCGACAACAGGGAAUGAAAGACGAGAAAACAUCGAUGUAGACGAGGAUGAUACCAGGGGCACUUCUGAUUCAGAUUUCGUUGGUAACAACGGGGAAGGUAAUGAUGAACGUGUGCUUAUAGACUUAAAUUCUCUGCCUGAGGAUGACCCAGAAGUUAUAUGUUUAGAAAUCAGUGAUAGUGAUUCUGAUUCUGAUGUUGUUGUGUACAAGCCGAAAAAGAAGUCUGGUUUGAAGAAGAGAAAGGAGUUUCCUGUACCAAGAGAAGAGGUGUUGAUUCCUGAGAUGGUUGAAAUUAUUGAUGAAGAACAAGUCCAUGAACCCGUUAAGAAGAAUACUAAAAGAAAGAGGAAAUGCAAGAAGGUUUCUUCAGAUACAACCUUAAUGUGGGAAGUUUGGGAAGAAGAACUUGACAAAUGGGCUGAAGAGAGUAUGGCUCAAGCUGUUGAUUUGAUUGAUCAAAAUGAGAUGGUUUCUGAAACUGUCGACACACCCUUGGAGUUGGUUAUGCCUCUGCUGAGGUACCAGAAAGAAUGGCUGGCUUGGGCUCUUAAGCAAGAGGACUCUGCAGCAAGAGGGGGAAUCCUUGCAGACGAAAUGGGUAUGGGGAAGACUGUUCAAGCAAUAGCCCUUGUCCUUGCAAAACGGAAAAUCCAAAGAGAAAAUUUUGAAGCAACUGCAUCAUUACCUUCAUCCAGCUCAUCUAAUGAAUUGCCAGAAAUGAAGGCAACCCUUGUUAUUUGUCCCUUGGUUGCUGUCACCCAAUGGGUUAGCGAAAUUGACCGUUUCACUUUGAAGGGCAGUAAUAAGAUUCUUAUCUAUCACGGGGCUAACAGAGAGAAGAGCAUUCAACAAUUUUCUGAUUUUGACUUCGUCAUAACCACGUACUCCAUUAUUGAGUCCGAGUAUAGGAAAAAUGUGAUGCCACCUAAACUUAAGUGUUUGUGGUGUGGGAGGUUAUUGCAUCAACAGAAAAUGUCUAUUCACUUGAGAUAUUUCUGUGGGCCUUAUGCUAAAAAAACUGCAAACCAAGCUAAACAAGAAAAGAAGGUAUCUGAAUCCAGCGAUGUCCAAACAAGUAAAUCUGGUGGAAAAAACAAAGGUCGUUUCAAGAUGAACCAUAUGUCAAUCAACACGGAGAAAGAACUGGAAAAUGAAUCUGAUACGGAAGAUAUAAAAUCAAAGAAGUCCAUUCUCCAUUCUGUAAAAUGGAACCGCGUUAUUCUGGAUGAGGCCCAUUAUAUUAAAGAUAGGCGCAGCAACACUACAAGAGCUGUUCUGGCAUUAAACUCUUCAUUUAGAUGGGCUUUAAGUGGCACUCCUCUUCAGAAUCGUGUGGGAGAGCUUUACUCUUUGGUACGAUUUAUACAGAUAGUUCCAUACUCCUAUUACUUCUGUAAAGACUGUGACUGUAAAACACUUGAUUACAGUGCAACUGACUGUCCAAACUGCCCCCAUAAAUCUGUAAGGCACUUUUGCUGGUGGAAUAAAUAUAUUGCUAAACCUAUACAAUCUUAUGGGAAUUUGGAUGAGGGGAGAAAAGCCAUGAUAAUUUUAAGGCAUAAAGUACUGAAAAGCAUAGUACUAAGACGAACCAAGAAGGGAAGAGCAGCAGAUCUGGCACUUCCUCCUAGGAUCGUUUCAUUGAGGAAAGAUUCACUAGAUAUCAAAGAAGACGACUAUUAUUCAUCAUUAUACAAUGAAAGUCAGGCACAAUUUAAUACGUAUAUUAGUGCUGGGACUUUGAUGAAUAACUAUGCUCAUAUAUUUGAUCUCCUGACAAGACUGCGCCAGGCGGUUGAUCACCCUUACCUUGUGGUAUAUUCAAGUACAUCGAUGGAAAGGAUUGGAAACAUUCAGGCUGCUAAUGCUGGGCGAUUGUGUUACUUAUGUGCUGAUACUGUUGAAGAUCCUGUAGUAACCUCAUGUGCACACAUCUUCUGCAAGUCAUGUUUGAUCGGUUAUUCUACUAACCUUGAACAAGUCUCAUGCCCUACAUGUUCCAAACCGCUUACUGUUGACUUCACCGCAACUACUCAUACAGACCAAACUCCAGUAACAAAUGUGAAAGGAUUCAGAUCCUCUAGUAUUCUAAACAGAAUCCGGCUAGAUGAUUUCCAGACCAGCACAAAAAUUGAUGCACUGAGAGAAGAAAUCAGAUUCAUGGUUGAAAGAGAUGGUUCUGCCAAAGGAAUUGUUUUCAGCCAAUUCACUUCGUUCCUGGAUCUGAUACAUUAUGCCCUCCAAAAGUCUGGAAUAAUGUGUGUCCAGCUAGUUGGCUCCAUGUCUAUGAGUGCUCGAGAUGCUGCAAUUUCAAAGUUUACCCAUGAUCCAGACUGUCGAAUUUUUCUUAUGAGCUUAAAAGCUGGAGGUGUGGCUCUCAAUCUCACAAUUGCAUCACAUGUUUUCUUGAUGGACCCUUGGUGGAACCCAGCAGUGGAGAGACAAGCACAGGACAGGAUUCAUCGAAUCGGGCAAUAUAAACCCAUCAGGGUGGUGAGGUUUGUGAUUGAGAACACAAUUGAGGAGAGGAUUCUUAAGUUGCAGGAGAAGAAGGAGCUUGUAUUUGAAGGGACUGUUGGUGGUUCAUCGGACGCUCUUGGAAAAUUAACAGAAGAAGACCUUAAGUUCUUAUUCAUCACUUAAUAAUGUCACAGUUUUCUUGAUGAAAAAGGUUAUAGAGAAUUAUUAUGGGCCAUCUCCUUUUGUUGAUGUCUUUGGGAUGACCUUCUUCUUCUUCUAUAUGAAUUGCAUCAGAACAGAAUAGGACAGAUGCAUUUUUGUAGGCUUUAUUUACUAUAUCUGUUGUUUGAAGCUUAGCUUUUGGUUAAGUUUUUAGGGUUACCUUCCUU